UAUUAUAAUCGCCACUAAACCGGAAGUUGCACAAACGUGUUUUUCGUUUCUCUAAGAAAACGAAAAUACGAACAAUAAAACAUACAUAUUUUUCUGAACAUGAUGUAUGUCCAACGACAUAAAUCUAGUUAGAAGUAAAAUGUCUGAAACUACAUAACAUAUCAGCAAUUCAAUCGGAUGGUCAUUGAGCUGAGACUCGAAUAUUUCUAAACCAUCUCAGUCACGUAGAAAAAUCAUCAUGUUGGAAAAAUUACUAAGUUCUUAUAUCUUUGAGAGCUUUCAGAUUCCUGUAUGGACCUUACUUCUAGCAACCAUUUGUUUGAUCUGGAUGUGGAAUUCUGGAAGAAAAAAAGAAAACAGUUCAGAGAAAAUUGAAGAUCAGAAAAGCACAGAAUUACCAAUAACAAAUGAGAAAGUGAUAGAACUGAAUGCUAACAGCAGACAGAAGAUAACAAAGAAAAGGAAAAUAAAAAUAUUCUAUGGAACGCAAACUGGAAAUGCAAAGAUGCUUGCAGAUAAUCUUUGUCGUGAAGCUACAGAGCGAGGUCAUGAGGCUGAGGUGAUAGACUUAAAAACAUACGACCCAGAAGAUAAUCUGGUUACAGAGGGUGAAAAUGGUGUGUGGAUUGUUUUAUUUGUCUCCACUUACACAGAUGGCACACCACCAGAGGGCUCUGAAUGGUUUUGUAAAUGGUUAGAGGAAAGCUCAACAGAUUUCAGAAUCCCCAAGGCAUUGCUGAAAGAUCUCCAUUAUGCUGUAUUUGGACUUGGGAACUCAUUGUACACAGAAAAUUAUAAUGCAGUUGGAAAGAAGGUUGAUCGCUUUUUAAAAGAAUUAUCAGCAAAACCAAUACUUUCAGUUGGUUUAGGUGAUGAAAAUGUAGCAGAAAGUUUGAAGGGAGGAAUGGAGAAGGAUUUCACAGCAUGGAAGAAAGAGUUUUGGAAGAAAUCAAAGAAAGUAAAAGACGAUGAUACAGCUGUUAAAGAUACCUGUGGAACAGGGAAGAAAACGUGUGAUGGGAAGUGUAAAUGUAAGGAAGAUGGGGGAAAGUGUAGUAGUGAGGAGGAAGAUGAAGAAGGGGAGGAUCUAUAUGAAACAACUACAGAAGAGGAAGACAAUGCUGAGGAAUUGUUAAAUGAGGAUGGAGAUGGUUCAUCAUUACAGACAACCAAUGGGGUUGUAGAUCUAGAGGAUCUUGGGAAAGUGAUGCAAACUAUGAAAAAAGCAAAAGUAAGAAGGAAAAAAGAAGAAUCAGCACAGUCAACUGGUGAACCCAGAGAAAUGGUUACACCUAUGUUAAAGAAGGCAUUAGAGAAACAGGGAUACAGGCUGAUAGGGUCACACUCAGGGGUCAAGCUAUGUAGAUGGACAAAGUCCAUGUUGAGAGGAAGAGGAGGUUGUUACAAACAUGCAUUUUAUGGUAUAGAGAGUCACAGAUGUAUGGAAACUACACCCAGUCUGGCUUGUGCAAAUAAAUGUGUCUUUUGUUGGAGACAUCAUACUAAUCCUGUAGGUACAGAAUGGAGAUGGAAGAUGGACGAUCCAAAUACUGUUUUCCAAGGAGCUUUAGAUAACCAUGUGGGUUUAAUAAAACAGUUCAAAGGUGUCCCUGGAGUAAAACCAGAAAGAUUUGCAGAAGGUUUAGAACCUCAGCACUGUGCCUUGUCCUUAGUAGGUGAACCUAUCAUGUACCCAGAAAUCAACAGAUUCAUAGAACUACUUCAUGGAAAAGGCAUCUCAUCUUUCUUAGUUACUAAUGCACAAUUUCCUGAUGCAAUAAGCAAUCUGGUUCCUGUUACACAAUUAUAUGUUAGUAUUGAUGCCAGUACAAAAGAAAGUUUAAAGAAAAUAGAUCGUCCAUUAUUCAAAGACUUCUGGGAAAGAUUUAUAGACAGUUUAAAAGCUCUAAGUGCUAAACGUCAAAGAACUGUGUAUAGAUUAACAUUAGUAAAAGCAUGGAAUACUGAUGAACUGGAUAAUUAUGCUGACUUAGUGUCACUUGGAAAACCUGAUUUUAUUGAAAUUAAGGGUGUAACUUACUGUGGAGAAUCCAAAGCCUCCAGCCUAACCAUGCAAAAUGUCCCCUGGCAUGAGGAAGUUGUACACUUUGUCAAACAGCUUACUGAUAGAUUGGAAGGAUACGAAAUAGCUUCUGAGCAUGAACAUUCUAACUGUAUACUUAUUGCGAAUACUAAGUUUAAAGUGGAUGGUGAAUGGUGGACUUGGAUAGAUUACCCCAAAUUUCAUCAGUUAGUCAAGGACUUUAAUGAAUCACAAAAGACAUUCUCUGCUGAAGAUUACAUGGCUAAGACUCCAUCAUGGGCAGUGUUUGGAGCAAAGGAACAAGGCUUUGAUCCUGUGGAGACCAGAUUUUUCAGGAAAAAACAAAAGGAUAUUGGAGGAUGCUGAUAUUUGCAUAUGUUUUAUACCUGCUGUGAUUUUAUAAUUAUUGUCAUGAUCAUGAUGAUAUUGUGAUGAAGGAUAUUAAAAUAUGUAGCAUAAACUUGUCAUGAAAUAUUGAAUGAUAAUUCAUAUGUUGUGUGUUAGAGUUAUUUCAUUGGAGAGGUUGGGUAACCAAAAGGUUAUACAUGACUUUUUCGUAUACAUCUGUUUUAUGACCUCAAAAGUAUGAAUUCUUACACAUGUUUUAUAAGUGUUGAUGAAAUCUUUUAUCUCUGGAUAUGUGUACUUGAAUAUGAACUAUAAGUAAUAAAAACUAAUUUUAUGAAAUUGAUUUUUGUAUAAACUCUGUCUCUUAAUCACAAAAUUAAGUGCAACAGACUUUUAUUUUCAGUUUGUGCAUGAGUGAGAAGUUCAGGUGAACCCCUUCAUAGUAACCUAUAUCACCAUAAUAAAUCAUAUUUAUCCAUCA